GAGGUGCAGUUUUACGAGGUGUCGCUGAAUGUACCACCAGCCCGUUUAUGCUUUCCAGGGAGACCUCGACUAGACGAGGAGAAGAGGAGCUGAGAGGAAACCGUAAGUAAAAGUAAAAAAAUGGUCCAGUAAGAGCAGAGGAUGCCAACUAUGAGUCAUAGUAGUCCCAGUCUGUGGACUCAGCUCCCUCAGAGCCGCCAGUCUCCCUGUGACCGCUACAAACACGCCUGCUGCAGCCAUGAUGGAAACAUCUACGUCCUGGGAGGCAGAGACAACCGCUGUCUCAAGGACUUCUGGAGGUACAACGUCGUCUGUAACGAGUGGACAGAGCUGAGCUGCACCGGUGAAGCUGCACCAGAAGAACUAGAGGAACAUUCUAUGGUGGCUCAUGAGGGUUUCCUGUACGUGUUUGGAGGUUUGUUGGAUUCUGCCUACACCCAGUGCAGAUGUGUCCUGUGGGUAUUUGACAUCGUGAAGCAGAGAUGGGUUCAGUGGCAGGGAAAGACAAGCUCUCCUCAGAUACAAAUGCCCACCAACAGAAAAGGACACAGUGCUGUGGUGAUCGGUUCUGCCAUGCUGGUGUAUGGAGGCUUCAUAGACAUGAAAGGAUCCUCACAGGACUUCUGGAGCCUGGACUGUGACACCAUGGCUUGGUCCCUGCUGAGUGACUCCCUGCAGGGCUCACUAGGACCAGGACCCAGACACAGUCAUUCAGCCAUGGCCUACCAGGACUGCAUGUACCUGUUUGGGGGUCUGAAAGGUUUGCGGGAGCAGAGAGACUUCUGGAGGUGGAGUUCCACCAACCACAUGUGGAGUUCCCUCAGAACCAAGUCCGGUCCCUCCAGACUGAUGGGCCAUUCAGCUGUGGCCUACAAGGAUAGUAUGCUUCUUUUUGGAGGAGGUGAGAGCCAGAGCUCUCCAAAGAACUGCCUGUGGAGGUACAGCUUCACCACUCACACCUGGGGGCAGGUCGCCACGCUGCCAGGCUCCAGCCCCCCAGACAAGAUCCACCACUGCUGCACUGGACUGGGUCCCAGCUACAAGUCCAACACCAGCAGCCAGUCCUCCAACUCAGGACUCCAUCCCAGGCUGCUGGAUGACAAACUCAGGCCCUUCAAGAACAAGUGUUUCCCUGCUCCACCUCUCACGUUUCUUGGCUCAGAGGGAGCGAUAGAGCUGGAGACGUUCAGCCUGAACAAGUGCUGCAGCACCAGAAUGCUGAGCGACAGCAAAGAGGGCCUGAUGGGGAAGGAUGCACAACACAUGGGAAACUGUUUGACCUUUGAAAACAAAACUUUCCGCAAACAGUGGGGCUGCACAGAGGAGGACCUGCUCAAUGAGGAUAUCAUCCAGCACCUGCCUGAUAUGCUGCUGGUCCUCGGAGGAAGACCCUGUAAAAGUCACAGUCCUAUCUCUGUUUGGCAGAUGACUCUGACCGACUCCUGACAGCGUCAGGGAAAUAACUGGAUAUAUUUAUAUAAUACUGUGAAUUGAUAUGUGAUGAUUUGUGACAUGCACAUCCUUUUUACAGAAUUCAAAUAAAGGAUUAGAAAAUGUCUUUAAGAAAAGUCA